UUUGCUACUCUAUUAAACUCCUCACUUGCACAAAUACUCCCUCUCUAACAAUAUGGCCCUCUACCACCCACCCUCAUUCCUUAUUACACUAUCAUCCAUCCUCCUCCUCCUCCAACUCGCCACAACUCAUACAAAUUCAUUACCAUUAACACCCUCGCAACCACAAGGGUCGAACAAUGCAUCGGCCUCGAUGCCAGCCUCAGCCGUUUGCCAGUCCACCCUAUACCCUUCCUACUGCAAAGAUGUCCUACAAUCCGCUAACAAAACCGCCAAUGUGUAUGAAUACGGCCGCUUCUCGUUCAAGCGGUCCGUCUCACAAGCGGCAAGGUUCCUUAAAGUCGUGAACAAGUACCUCCACGACAGUAGAAAACUCAAACUCACACCCUCCGCGGUGGCAGCCUUACAAGACUGCCAGUUCCUAGCGGAGCUCAACGUCGAUUUCUUAGCCGACUCCUUCAACGCCGCCGUGAACACGCAAGAAAAUAAAACUCUUGCACUUACGACGGUGGAGGAUGUUCAAACCUUCCUUAGUGGCAUCCUCACUAACCAGCAGACUUGUCUCGACGGACUCAAGUCUGCCGAGUCAGCAUGGUCAUUCGACCGUGGAAUUACCUCUCCUUUAUCAACCGACACUAAACUAUACUCCAUUGCUCUCUCUCUUUUUACCAAAGCAUGGAUCCCAAAAAAGAAAAAGGGUUCAAAGCCUCCCCGAGGAAAGAAACACCCCGGCUUCUUCGGUAAUAAUGGCGGCCGCCUCCCUGGUUUAAAAAUGUCCGACAAUGCUCGAGCCGUGUUCGAGGCCAGUCUUAGCCGCCGCCACGAACGGCUGCUAGGUAGUGACAAUGAAGGUGAUGAUCAAGUGCUUAUAUAUGAUGUUGUGACCGUGAGCAAAGAUGGUAGCGGGAAUUUUAGUACGAUAAAUGAUGCAAUUGCGGCUGCACCUAAUAAAACUGAAGCAAGUGAUGGAUAUUACUUGGUUUAUGUAAGUGCUGGUGUUUAUGAAGAGAAUGUCUCCAUUGAUAAGAAGAAGAGGUAUAUUAUGAUGAUUGGUGAUGGUAUUAAUCAGACCAUUAUUACCGGUAAUCGAAGUGUUGCUGACAAAGUUUUUAGUACUUUCCAGUCGGCUACUUUUGCUGUAACGGGAACAGGAUUUGUGGGCAUGAAUAUGACCAUAAGAAACACAGCCGGUGCAAUCAAUCAUCAAGCAGUUGCUCUAAGAAGCGGAUCAGAUUUAUCAGCCUUUUAUAAUUGCAGUUUCGAAGGGUACCAAGACACGUUAUAUGCCCAUUCCUUAAGACAGUUUUACAGAGAAUGCGACAUUUAUGGGACGGUCGAUUUUAUAUUUGGUAACGCUAAUGUAGUGUUCCAAAACUGCAACAUAUAUCCUCGUUUACCCUUAGACAAUCAAUUCAAUGCUAUUACCGCUCAAGGAAGAACUGAUCCGAACCAAAACACCGGCAUUUCUAUAGAAAAUUGUGUGAUCCGUGCAUCGGACGACCUUGCUAAUAGUAAUAGCACGACGAAGACGUACCUAGGGAGGCCGUGGAAGGAAUACUCGAGAACGGUUUAUUUGGAGUCGUUUAUUGAUAAUGUGGUUGAUCCUAGUGGUUGGAGAGAAUGGAAUGGGAGUUUUGCGUUGGAUACUUUAUAUUAUGGUGAAUUUAACAAUACAGGUCCUGGUUCUAAUGUUACGGAUAGAGUGAGUUGGGCAGGUUAUCAUGUUAUGAAUGCGACGGAUGCAUCUAGUUUUACUGUUUCUACCUUUGUGUUUGGUGAUGAAUGGUUGCCUCAAACAGGGGUACCUUACACUAGUGGUUUGUUGUAAUUAUUCUAAACAUUAUUGAUAUUAUUUUAGAUAUUAUUAUGCAGAAUUUAGAUACUUCCUUUACAUUUACAUUUGAUUAUUCAUAUUUUUAUCUUAUUUUAGAAUUUGUAUUGAUUUCUCAUGGAAUAAAAAUUGCAUGUACUUCCUCGA